CUAGAGUAUCUAAAUAUAGAAAAGUAAAACUAAUAGCACAAGUCUAUUGUAUCAAAAGGGACUUAACCUUAUUUUUUUGUUUUUCAUUGUCUAAAAGAACAUGGUUUCAAGAAUUUCUGUUUCACUGAAAGCGACCCCCAUUUUUCACAGAAAAAACACUUGCUUUUUUUUAACCAAAGUUGAUUUCCAGGGAAAUGUACGCAGUUGUUGAGUUCAAGAUUGAGGGCACUGUGGCCCUAGUUGCUGAGAGCUGGCUGACGGACGAAGACAACAUUGUCAAGUGGCCUGCAAAAUUCAAGACACAAGGCAGAAUUGACAGAGCUGUACAGAGGUGCGAGCCACCAAGCAAUGAUUAUGAGCGGUUCCCCUGUCGUGUGCUGUAUAAAACAGCCUCUUAUGAGAAAGGCAUGGCUAAAGUGCGCCAGGCACAAGACACAUCAGACAUUGGAACUGAUAUGGAAACGGAAGUGCCACCCAAGAGAAUUAUGAGGCCAAACCCACGCUAUCAGCAGGAUGCAUCAUCAGAUGAAGAAAUUGUUACUGCAAUUCAGCCACGUCGCAGUGUGAAUUCCACAUCUAACAACAGCCCAUCAGAAUUGCCAUGUCCACCACCAAGCCUCAUCCUUUCGGGGUCACCCUCGGGGUCUUCGGGGUCUUCGGGGGGUUUGAGUCGGUCCUCAUCAGCUUGCACAGCAACUGAGAAGAAAGAAAACUGA